CGAUUACCCCUUAAAGUUCACUCAUUAAUACACACGUAUUGAAAAUGUUUAAAGUGAUCAUUUCACGUAUUUAACGAUGAUGUUAAGGUUUAUAUUACGUUCAAAUGUAUCAACAAGUGAUAUGAAACAGAGGGGGCGUCAAGUACUAACUAGCAUGCGUGGUUCGACAGAUUGGUGGUAAAUAAUCCAAUAGGAAAGCAGCUCCAAAUUCUCCUGACCAAUCAGAAGUACGAAUGCCCACUAAGUCCCGCCUCGUCGAUAAUUAAACCCACACCAGCGUGGCGGAGGUGUUUGGAGUCUGCGGACUGAACCCUGGGAGCGAGUUCGCAACUUUCCGGGCCACCGCAGCUCCUCCGGCUCGCACAAAAAAACAUUUGAAUACGUUUUUGAAUUUGAUUAGAAACCCCCCGGAGUCGGCCCUGUGUUGACUUCUUUCUUUUCUUUUCUUUUUUUUUUUUUUUUUUUUUAAUACCCCCGCCCCCCUCCUGUGGAAAGUGUCUGCUUCCUCGUUCGCCAGCGAGCUGAAAACAUCUCCACAUCCUCACAAAGAAAACUUUGCUUGCUAGGCAGCUAACUCGCCACAACACGACAAGAAAAGUGGCGAAAAACUCAUGACGAGCCACAAACCACGCGGCGUCGGAGAGAACUCUUAGCCACCCGUGGGAAUGUCUACUCGGUGACUCGGGCUUGAUUUUGCCUGGUUUAUUCAGCGAACAAUCGAGGGGUAGCAAGCGGCAGUGCUUCCCAGAGAGCACCCCCACCCCACUCCAUCACCUUCCUCCACAUCCAUCGCUGGUCCACCGACGGCUGCAGCAGGCAUGUCAGGCCGGAGUGGAGCUACCCUAGGCCCGCAGCCCCUCAAGGCGACGGUCCCCUAUCAGCUGGCCAGCAAGCACCGAUCCAAAGGCAGGGAUGGAAAGUCAGCUGGAAAGGCCAAACCGCAGCAGCUGUGCCCCGGCAUGAGGCGGACGAUGUCUCUGGACGCCAUCAUCGGCCCGUACCUGCAGGGCCACUGGCCCAAAGAACCCGAGGGCGGCUUGUGUCGAAAGGACAAAUCCACUCAGACUCCAAACUGGUCAGACAAAACACAGAGCAGGAGGGACGAUGACAGCGCCGUCAUCAACCACAAACGCUCGGCGUCAUGGGGUAGCGCUGAGCAACUCCAGGAAAUCACCAAACUAAAACAACAGCUGCAGCAGCGGAGCAAACCUGGUGUCUCAGGGGGGCACGACCGAGACCGCCAGCGUGGCUUCACUCUCGGGAGCUGUAACCUAGGAACCACUCAGACUCAGCCCAUUCCCAUCCCGCUGGCUCCCCUGUCUACGCUGGUGCCUCGGCUGUGCUGCAGCGUCGAAGGCCUCAACCAAGAGCUGGAAGGCAUGUUCAUCUGUCAGCCGGGACAUCGGCAGCAUCAGCUUUUGGAGGUUCCAGACGGCCACCGUGCUCCUGUCCCGCCGCAGAGCUGCAGCAGUGGAUCUCAAAGUGACCCGGCCUCCGUGACACCUCCCUCGCCGUCUUCCGCUUCGUCCUCACCGUGCUCUUCUCCCACUUCCACAUCCCCACUCAUAUCCGAAGACGCCCCUCUGGACGUGCACAAAGGAUUGGAUCUCCUGUCCCCGGUGUCACCCCUGAGCGAGGCAGAUCUUUCCCUGCCUCUGCUGAUCUCCUCCUCGCCCGGACCCAACAAGAGCUGCUGCUUCCAGAGAGAACCUCCGGAGGGCUGCGAAAAAGUCCGGGUCUGGGAGGAGACUAGCACUUCAAACCACCAAAAGUCAGUGCCCGUCUCCUCGUGCCCAGACCCCAACAAGGUAAACUUUACCCCCCAUGGGGGCUCUGCCUUCUGCCCCGUCAGCCUCCUUAAUCCCCUGUUGCCCUCCAUGGACCUGCUCUUCUGCAGCUUGUCCGUCACGAGCCAGGGAGUCACGCGCGCCCCCCUCGACCCUCCCGCCGCCUCCUUAGGCGAAGGCUGCGUGCGCGCUGACACCUUCUAAUCAAAGCUCACACAUUUCCUAGUAGUGGUUGCUGUUGCUUUAUUUUAGGAAAGUUUCCUUUUCUAGCCAGGUAUAAAAUGUUUAUUGGAAAAAACAAAAAAAAAUCAUACUAUUGAGAGUAAUCAAUCCAAAGAGGAGCUACUUGUUUAGUCUUUUUUUUUUUUUUCCCCCUUCUUUUUUUAUGGUGUAUAAUCCAAAGAUUUACUUUUGGCUAAACAUGUGUGAGAUGGUCUUAUGAAAAGGACUUUUUCAAGAUGUUGCUGCUUGACUGACACACUCUUUAAAAUAAGCCUUUUUUUUUUUAGUCUACAAAAGGUUAUUUAUCUGGGUCUCACCAUCCUGUUUGUUUGACCUUGCACGGCUGGUGUACAAAGCAUGACAAAUCAGUUGGAUUCUUUCAUUUCACACUUUGAUGAUUGCUGGCUGAAGGGAAACUUUGGUAGCUUCAGCGUACACAUUCCUACUUUGAACAGUUUGUGUAUCUUGGGGGGGGGGGGGGGGGACAAUUUAAAAACAAGUUACCGUACCAUUAAAACAAGUCUUAAUGGUAUGUUUAAAGAUGUAGUUGACUGCCUAACCUAACCAGUUUUAGUGGUGUAGAAUUGUCAAUUCCCUCUUUGUGUGUGUGUGUGUGUGUGUGUGUGUGUGCACGCGCGCGCGUAUAGGUUUUUUUUUUUUUCUUGGUAGACACAUUUGCACAAUCUGAACUGCUACUUUUGCAAAUCAUUUUUUUUACAUUCACUUUUGUACUUUUGUAAAGUUGUUUCAACAUCCCCAUUUUUUUCAAAUAACCUGCAAAAUAAGCUAAAAAGAGGAAAAAAAAAAGCCUGUUACUUUUAGUUUUAUGUCUGUAUAAUCCAGACAGGUGUUACGUGAGAUAAUGUACUUUUUUUUUUCUUUUUUUUUGAUGCACUUCCAGGAAAGGGAUUUUUACAGAGGAGAUGCUCCUCGCAUACAUACGUUCGUCUGGUUUUGUGUAUGUGCACAUGGAUGGAACAGUAGUCAGACCUUUCCUAGUUUUAGUAUCCUGGUGAAAUGUGUAUCAGCUGAAAGUUUUUUUUUUUUUUUUUUUUUUUUCUCCUUUUUCCCCCCCUCUUCUUAUUUUCCCCCUGAACAAAGGCUAAAUUUCAGUGUGGCGUGUAUGUGUGUGGAUGCUGGGGGAAGUUCUGUCAUCUCAGGUACUGUGUUCUGUCCACAUGAAUUCCACCCUUGACAAUGUGUGCGGCCUUUUUUGUGAUGUAUUAAAAGUGGAACCAUUCAAAACGCUG